UUGAAAUUACUAAUCUCUCUCCCUCUCUCUCAAAACUUAAAUCAAAACCAAUCACACUACCUUGAAUAACAUGGGAAGAGCACCGUGUUGUGAUAAAAAUGGCCUGAAGAAAGGUCCAUGGACUCCGGAAGAAGAUCAGAAGUUGAUUGAUUAUAUUCAAAACCAUGGCUAUGGGAACUGGAGGACACUCCCUAAGAAUGCUGGUCUGCAAAGGUGUGGAAAGAGCUGCCGUCUUAGAUGGACCAACUAUUUGCGACCUGAUAUCAAGAGAGGAAGAUUUUCUUUUGAAGAAGAAGAGACAAUAAUUCAGCUGCAUAGUAUAUUGGGGAACAAGUGGUCCGCAAUUGCUGCUCGCUUGCCUGGAAGAACAGAUAAUGAAAUCAAGAAUUAUUGGAACACCCACAUUCGUAAAAGGCUUCUUCGGAUGGGAAUCGAUCCAGUCACUCACAGCCCUCGCCUUGAUCUUCUUGACCUUUCUUCUAUUCUAAGCUCAUCUCUUUACAAUUCAUCUCAAAUGAACAUAUCAAGGUUGUUCGGUGUCCAACCCAUAGUUAACCCAGAACUUUUAAGACUGGCAACUUCUCUUAUCUCAUCCCAAAGUGAAAGCCAAAACCAAAACCAAAACCAAAACUUCCUUCUUCAAAAUGUUCAAGAAAACCAGCUUUGCAAUCCUCAAAAUCAAUACCAACAAUUAGUUCAAACUGAUAACCAGCUUCAACUUCCCGUUCAUGACAUUCCAGCUUGUACAACAUUGACAACUCCUUGCACUGUUUCUUUUUCUAACGAAGCACAAUUAAUGGAACCCCAUGGAGAGCAAUUCCCAACAAAUUUUACCAACUUCAGCAACCAAAGUUCUCAAUUAAAUGAGUGGCAAAGUAAUGGGAUGCCCUCAAAUUUGUCUGAAGAGUAUAUGCCUUUACCUCCAACUUACACUAAUUACUAUGGGUCUGAUCAAACAGUAAUGGAUCCUUCAUCUGAAACUUCAAAUUUCUAUUCCAACAACAGUAACCAGAAUUUCAGCCUCACGUCAGUUUUAUCGACGCCUUCAUCAAGUCCAACUCCAUUGCAUUCAAAUUCAACAUAUAUCAGUACUGAAGAUGAGAGGGAAAGCUACUGCAGCGAUAUGUUGAAGUUUGAAAUCCCAGAUAUAUUGGAUGUUAAUGAAUUCAUGUAAUUUCAAAAUGAGACUAAUCCAACUUUUUCUUUUUUCAAUUUUCUGGGCUUUGGAUUCGGUGGUGUUGAUAUGUGUCCAAGUUUCUAAUAUUUUAUUUCUUGCAUUUUACUCAAGCUUACUGUAUCAGGAAGUAAGAUCCUGCCCUUUCUUUUUAUUUUUAAUUAGAGAAAAGUUUCCAUUAUUGAUA